CCUUCCUUCACGGGAAGGUCUUGUAAAGUUGUUGUAACUCUCUUUAAGCCUAAGAGAAAACUUCAACAAGAAAAUGGCCGCACACAAAACCAGUGAGUAUCCACCGUUGAUUUCAAUGCUGAUCAUGUUCAUCAUCGUCCUAGAAUCAACGAUUAUCAAUGCAAGAGAAUUACGACCGUCCGAUCACGGUCUCGAGUACUACUACGAACCAGGCGAGUCAUCAGAAAUGACGUCAUUCUUUGGACCACCUUCUUCAAAUGAUCUAACGUCGAUAUCAUCACCGUCUAGCUCGAUAUUGCCGAGUGCGGUGAAGUCUCCAAUGAAGACGCUAUCAAAAGAUCAGGAUGAUGAUCGCGUGAUGAAUCACGUGCUGGUUGUGGGCAGCUUGGUGUGUGGACUCUCCGGCGUGGCUUUGAUGGUCGCUUCUGCUCUCAUUUAUUUUCUCGGUUACCCGAAAACGCAAAAUUCCUCUGUUAAUUGUGAUCACAUUCAUAAUAAUACCAAGUAGAAUCGUUCCUUUUUUUUUGGGUUUUCUCUAUAAUUUUCUCAAUUGUAUCAAGAACAAUAAAGAUGUUAUCAUGUAUUAUUGUAAGAAAACAGAUACUAAUAAUCUUUUGGUUGGUUAUUGAUUAUGUUUGGUGUGUUCGGUUCAGGAAAAUGAUUUGAACUGGUUCGGUUUGGGAACAUUUUGUCAAUUCGGUUCGGUUAUUGCUAAUAAUGAAUUAAUUUUUAAAGCUUAC